AUCACCUAUACAAAUUAACAACAACACUGCACCUCUCUCUCUCUGUAAACUCCGAUUGAAUAAAAAUGGCAAUUGGGAAGAAGAAGUUGAUGUCAUCGGCGCCAUGGAGGGGCGAAGAGGAAGCCACGGAAGAGUUCCAAGACGCGAAGCUCAAAGUCACAAAGCAGCAGCCUGGAGCCGAUUUCUUCAACGAGUAUUUAGCAUUGACACCAUUGUGAAACCUCUUCCACCUGCCAUGGCCUACAAUGUUUCCCGCAACUUGAACUUCUUCACUCGCAUUUUCACGCAGUUUUUUGAUCCAGAAGGUAUAGCAAAUGCCCAAAAAUCGUUAGGGAUAGGACAGGAAGAGAAAGCUCGUCGCGUUCGUUGAAAAGAGAUUAAUAAAAAAGGAAAAGGAAGGGAAGGGGGGGGGGGUGUGGUAGGAUUUAGAAGGCAGUUGAAGGCUUAUUGCUGAUUUUAGAUAUAACUGUUUAAAAUUAUUUUUAAUAUCUGAAUAUUUCUUUUUUGGAGAAUCUAUAAUAUCUGAAGAUUGAAAAUGUAAUCUAAAAAUUCAGUGGAACCCCUUCAUAAAAAUUUUUGACUUUGCAAA